GCAAAUUUCACAAAUGUCAGUGGCACUGAAAUGUAAGUCUGGGGAGGCGGGGGAAGAUAGUGUAAAUCUGAUGGCUUCUGAUGGAAGAUCAAAGUAUGGAUGGCGAUCUCAAGUGUGGUGGAUUGAAGCUGCUGCAGUGUGUGUGGGGCUUCUUCUGCUGAUUUUGAUCUUAGGCGUGGUGGCACACACUUCUGGUGCUAUUAGUCACUGGGACGUGAAGUGUGAAAACCUGAUCUAUAGCCUGACUGUAGACAGAGACAAUCUGAGAAAUGAGCUUGACCAGUUGAAGAUUAAAUCCAACAACAUGACAAAAGAUAUGGAGGUUCUUCAGAGCCAAUACAAUGCUAUGGCUGCAAAUCGAGAUAAGCUUCAAGAGGAGGUCACCAUGUUAAAUCAAACACUCAGAAGCAAAGAAUCGAACAAAACAGGUCAAACUUGCCACCAAGGAUGGAAAACAUUUGGAGGCAAGUGCUACUUUUUCUCUCCUAGUGGAGUGACUAAAACCUGGGAGGCCAGCAGAAAAGACUGUAAAGAGAGAGGAGCGGACCUAGUGAUUAUAACAACAAAAGAAGAGCUGGAUUUUGUCAGCAAAACUUAUGCAGUAACCUGGAUCGGUUUGUCUGACAAGGAGCAGGAAAACACAUGGAAGUGGGUGGAUGGGACUGAUCUGGUGGGCAAAUUCUGGCAAGUUGGGGAACCCAAUAACAGCGAUGGAAAUGAGGACUGUGCUGAGGUCUCGCGUUCAGCAAAGAAAUUUAAUGACGUGCCUUGUGACAGACGAUUUUCAUGGGCAUGUGAGAUUUAAGUUCCUGUGGGUAGCUUUUUCUUUGUCUUGCAGUUGAUGUAAUUCAAGACCUCCCUGCCACUGUACAGCAUACUGUGAAUAAUAUUACUCCACCUGGAAAAAACUAUACAAUAACAGACAGUCCACUGUUCUUUUUUGUUGUGUCUGCAUUCUAAAUGUGUAUGUUAAUGACAAGCAAGCCAUUCAAAUACACUGCUACUUUCGUCCUUGUUUUAAAUUUUUCUUUCAUGAAAUAAAAAGCACUUAAAACAAUAUAAAGGCAAUAUGUACUUUAAAUAAACUGGUUUCCUUUAAUCGUUAUAAUAUUGCUUAAUAAUAUUUGUACCCAGCUUUCAUCAGUUAUUUGUAAUUCAAAGUGAACAGUAUAACCAUAACGGACAGUCUUCUAGAUAUUUUCUUCCAUUUCCUCUAAAAUAAACAAUAAAACAAAAUAGAA